UAUGGAAGGUAUCAUAACUUAAUUUGGCAUUUUAUUUCUUCUAAUGGCUCUCUUCAUUUUUGAUGGUCUAUUCAAAUUAGUGCCAUUAUAUGCUAUCAUCGCCGAAGUCUAUUCAUUAUAUUUGGAUAGCUAAAAGAAAGCACCACAAUAGAAAGAGUUGGCUAAAAAUUAAAAAUUAACUUGGCAAGAAUUGAAAAAGCAUGACAAUUAAUCUUCAGCCUAUGUAGCAAUUAAAGGAAAAGUAUAUGAUGUUACAUCAUUUUUGAACAGCCAUCCUGGAGGAAGAGAAUUUUUAUUGUUGAAUUGUGGAAGAGAUGCAUCUCUUGCAUUUCAAUCAUAUCAUCCUUUUUCUGAAAAACCUGAGAAAUUACUCGAGAAAUAUUUGAUUGGAGAUCUAAUAACCACAGAGUGGCCAACUUUCAAACCUGACUCUGGAUUUUAUAAGGAAUGUGCAGAUAGAGUUAAGAAAUAUUUUUAAUCCAAAGGAAUAAAUCCAAAAACUCCAAUUCCAGGACUUAUCAGAGCAAUACCUUUGUGGACAUGUUUCUUUUAUACAUUUUAUUUAACAUUUAUUGAUGAUUCAUUUUGCUUAACAAAAAGAAUUUUAAUAGGCACUAUUUUUGGUAUUUUAUAAGCUUUAAAUACUUUACAUUUAAUGCAUGAUGCAUCACAUGGAGCAGUAGGAAAUAAUGAAAAAUGGUGGUGGUUCUUUGGUAGACUUACAUUAGAUUAUAUUUCUGGAUCAUCCAUGUUGGCUUGGUAAAAUUAACAUGUAAUUGGACAUCAUUAAUAUACAAAUAUUAUGGGAUCAGAUCCAGAUAUACCAUAAUUGAAAGAAGGAGAUGUUAGAAGACUUGUCAAAGAAUAAAUUUGGUGUGCUAUGUAUAAAUAUUAACAUUUGUAUAUGCCUAUUCUAUAUGGAUUAUUAUCACUUAGAUCUAGAUAUUAUGAUGUUUUUGAAAUAUUUUUAAAGGAAACUGAUGGUCCUGUUAAAGUUAAUCCAAUAUCUAUAUAAGAUAAAUUAAGAUAAGCUAGCAGUAAAUUACUAUGGCUAUUUUGGAGAUAUUAUUUGCCUGUUUAAAUUUUUGGAAUGAGUUAAGCUUAAUUUUGGUUCCUUUUCAUUUAUGUUGAAUUUAUCACAGGAUAUUGGUUAGCUAUUAAUUUCUAAGUUUCUCAUGUAUCAGAUGAAGCUGAAUUCUUUUAUAAUAAUAUGGAUAAAGUAGCUAAGAAUGGUACUAAUGAAUAAUGGCCAAUUGAAUGGGCAGUUUUAUAAAUUAAAAGUUCUGUAGAUUAUAGUCAUGGUAAUUGGUUAAUGACAUAUUUAUGUGGAGCUUUAAAUUAUUAAGUCAUUCAUCAUCUAUUCCCUGGAGUGAGUUAAUAUUUAUAUCCAGAAAUAGCUCCUAUUGUAUUGGAAGUUUGUAAGAAAUAUAAUCUUAAAUAUAAUCUUCUUCCUGGAUUCAAGGAAGCCUGGAAUGGCCAUUUUAAUCAUUUAAAAAAUAUGGGUAAACAAAAUAAAUUUGUUGGUUUUGCUAAAAUGGAAUGAGGU